AUGAAAUUUGGUAAACACCUUGAAGGGAGACAGUUAGAACUUCCGGAGUAUAAUGGACAUUUCAUCAAUUACAAGGCUCUAAAGAAGUUGAUUAAGCAACUAUCUGUUCCAGCAGUUUCAUCUUAUACAAAUUCAAAUGAUUAUAUGACAUUGGAUGAAACGGAUGAGUCGAUACGGUACCAAAGUUUACAAGAGAAUAAAGCAUCUUUCUUCUUCAAAUUGGAAAGAGAAUUGGAAAAAGUCAACGAGUUCUAUCUCGAGAAGGAAGCUGAUCUACGUAUGAAGUUCGAUCUUCUAAAUUCCAGAUACUAUGAAUACAAAUCGAAAGGAAAGUUGACUUCGAAGAAAUCUAUUGCGUAUAGGACUAUAAGAGAUGGUAUUAAGAAGUUUGAAAGAGAUUUGGCACAAUUAGAACAAUUUGUAGAGUUAAACAGAACAGGUUUCUCUAAGGUACUAAAGAAAUGGGAUAAAAGAUCGCACUCGCAUGCGAAAGAUUUUUAUCUCGCAACAGUUGUCUCUGUACAGCCAGUUUUUACCAGAAAUGAAGUAUCCAAAUGGAAUGAUGCAGUGUCCUCAUUAUUAAUCGAACUUGACGAACUAAGUGAUAAUGAUGAUGUCACUGGACCCAAUUUCUAUGGACCUGCAGGACAGAUUUCCCGGACGAUAUCACGUAACUCAGAAAGUGGUCCCUCAAUGUCAAAUAUCAUUGCUCCGAAGCCUGAAACACGUACAUCAGUCAGUUCAGAUAAAUCAACUUUUCUCAUUAACUUCUCACAAGGAGCAUCAAGUAAUGCACAUCAUUAUUCAACUUCCAGUUCAACAGCUGGUUUGUUUGAUAUAGAGUUGGAAAUUGAAUCAUGGUAUAUGGAAGUGUUGAGCAUCAGCAAAUUGAAAGAUGUUGAACCAAGAAAAACACAUAUCAGAACUUUCGUCGAAACUAAAGUACAAUCCUUUGUAGACUCACAUCUAUCUGCUACUCGCAUUGAUAAAAAUCUGGUUAUAAGAGACAGCAUCACAAAGAUUUUCAACUUACUAUUGGCUAGCAGCAUUGACGAUGAAUCCUUAGAAGUGUUCUGGAAAUAUGGGAAUGAAUACAUUGAUCUUACAUAUAGUGAUCCAGAUGAUGAUCUAGUUUUUGCUAGGCAUAAUAUGUUUCACGAAGCGGCUCUGUGUCCUCAUCAACCGCGUACGUUUGUUCUUUUGGCAGCACUUUAUCAAUAUCAAAACUCCAUUAUACAGCAAGAGGCAUUUCGUAAGUUACUAAACGCUCAGGACAUUCAUGGUAGGAUGCCACUGCAUUAUGCCUGUGAACUCGGCAAAACAAAUUUCGUGUCUCUAUUGAUAAACACGGAACUCAUAGAUAAUAUUGAUCUUUUGGAUAAUACAUCUAAAACUCCUUUGGUUCUUUCUAUUAUUAAUAAUCACAUUGAAGUCACAAAAAUACUUAUCGCACAAGGUAACGUCAAUUUAUCCCCAUCUUUGUGUGAAGGCACUAAGCCGCAAUUCCAUCCACUUAAUGUGGCUUGUUCAAACAAAAAUUAUGAAGCAGCUAAAGUUAUUCUAGAAAAGGGUGACAUAAAUUUAUCUAGAUUAAGAGAUUCCCAAGGUUUAUGUCCUUUGCAUAUUGUGGCAAAAAUGGGCGGUGGAUCAGAAUUGAUAAAACUUUUGGUUUCUUAUGGUGCGGAUCCAGAUGAGAUUGAUGGGUUCAACAAAUGGCCACCAAUUUUCUACGCAAUUCAAGAAGGACACGCCACCACCGUCCAAGUAUUAUUAGAACUAGGUGCAGACGUGUUCAUGAAAGAUCAACAAAACCUCUCGCAAGUUUUCUAUGCAUUAUGGGAAGGACAUCUUUCUGUAUUGAAUGUACUUUUAAGCUAUGCUGGAAACCGCAAACGUUAUAGCGCCUUCCCAGAUAGACCACUCGCUGGAAGUUUGAGACCAUCAGAUCCCGGGGAACUUUUUUCUGACGAUCAACUGUCCCUGAAUGAUUCAUUAAAGGAUAUUCCAGAUUUCACCUUACCACCACCAAUUAUCCCUCUAAGAAAGUAUGGUCACAAUUUUUUGGAAAGAAAGAUUUUUGUAAAACUCUCUUUCAAGCCAGGAAAGGAAUCAAUCACGCUCAACAAGGACGACGAAAUGAUGUUAUCCUCACCUGGACGCAUCACUCUUACUUCUAGUGUAUCGAAUAUCAUUCCAAGAAAUAUUAUUUUGCCUAUUCAAGAAGAGGACGAAAAAGACAUUGUAUUCCAGAUAGAUUCCCUAGAUACUUUCGAUAUCGAUAUUGAAAUAUACCCUUCUUUCGGAACAAGACUCAUAGCAAAAACAUAUGCUCUUUCUGAUGUUUUCCACAAAGCUUAUGAAAGUACUUGUAACAACCAUCAUUUAACUUUGCCCUUAUUCGACACCAGAUUGAGAAAUGUUGGUAAAUUCGAUGUUGACUUUGAAGUAAUCUUCCCAUACGGAGGAAAAUCUUUGGAAGUCACUAAAUAUGAAACUUAUUGGAAGUCCACAAGUGGUGGUGGAGCUAACAAUAAUAAUACGUCGUUGUCCACAUCUUUGCAAUCCAUUGUAACUGCAUCAUCUUUAAAUGGAAAGUAUUGUACCAUUGGUGUUAUACAGUUAAACGAUGGUACUUUGAUUGCAAGUACUAGUUUAAUCUGUCAUGCUGGGGAUGUGCCGUUACUAUUUAACGAUAUGAACGCAAAACAGCUAAACAGCAUGCUUGAUCAGCAGAUAUCUGAUAUUCCAGCCAAUAUAACCUCCAGGCUAACAUUGAAAACUCUUUUGAGAGACAGAUAUGUCUUAUUUGAGGAUCUAUUAAAUAAUGUCGACCCACAAAUUCAGCUCAACAUAAAGGUUUUGUUCCCAACAGAAUCUGAGAUACAAUCUAUACCAAUGAAAGUUUCUCCUAGAUACAAUUUGAAUUGUUUCAUAGAAACAGUCUUAUCUACUACGUUUGAACAUGUAAGGAAACUUCGUCAAAUGGGAUCGACGAGAUCAAUAGUAUUCUCUUCAACAAAUCCAAGAGUUUGCUCUAUCUUGAAUUGGAAGCAACCUAAUUUCCCUGUGUUGUUCGAUAUGAAUGUUAUUUCCGAGAAUAGUGAUGGUGAUUUGGUGAAAAUUACAUCUAAUGACCUAGCGUCCAUGGCACUCGAUACUAAAGACAUUAUUUAUGGUGACCCAGGUACCAUGUCCAUAAAGGAUGCUGUUAUUUUUGCUAACAACAAUAACUUGUUGGGAAUGAUCCUUCCUAUAAAUUUGUUGGAUAUAACCCUACAGUUGGUUGAUCAAGUUCUUGGCCAUGGUUUAUUUUUGAUUGGUUCUACCAAUGGAACAAUCAGUGAACAUGAACAACGUGACCUUGGUAUUAAUGGUAUUCAAUAUAAGGAAGAAUUGGUCAUCCAUGAAAACUCCGAAACUGCUGAUAGGGAAGCCAAUUUUAUUUAA